AUGAAAUUUCUUCACGCGGCAGCUUGUGCUGGAUGCUCUCCCGCUGCCUUCUUUUUGGACCUCGCUGGCUUGCCGGCGUGUCCUAAAAAAGAUAUGGCCAAGCAGGCCCAGCAGUCGUGGGAGACGGUGGCGCUGGGCUUUCCCAGAUAUUCAUGCCGUAUUCAUACGGCCUGGGGCGCCCGUUUGCUUAGCUCGCCAAAAAAGAUGGAGAAGAAGCAAAGAAGGCCGCUUCUACUUUUUUUUUUCCCCCUCCCUCUUGCUUCAUUUUUUAAUCACAUUUUUGUUGGAUCAAUAGUUGGGUUCGUCCCUUUUUUUGGGUUCCUGUUCCUGCGGCAAUGGGCUGGCUAG